CUAAAUUUUCGUGGAGUUAUUGUUUUUCCGUAUUUAUUAAAAACAAAUACAAAUUAUUUUAUUAUUUUCCUUAUUUAUUAAAAACAAAAAAAAAAUCAUGUCGGAAUUGGCAUUUCGAAGACCUGAUGAGAUGUUUGAUGUCACGAAUUAUUUACCUGACGUCCAUGCCGAAUUUCAUGAAGUAAUGUAUGGUAUUCUAAUUCUGAAACAAGCUACAAAUGUGAACCAAAUUGCCCAUCAAAGGCUCCGUUUCAAUUCGUCUCCCGAUAGACGUCUGAUGCAACAGUAUCAACAAAUGGGAAAAUUUAUUUUCGAUAUUCAAGAACUGAAGGAAGCUUCUCCCCAAAAUGCUCCACUAAUGGACAAAAUAUUGAAACUCAUACAUGAACAAAACAGAAAUGAAACAUUGGAAUCACUCAGAAGAUACGACAAUGUUCUUGAUUUUGCAUCUAAAUUUUAUCCCAAACAAAUUAAAAAUUUCUUCGAGGUGUCAUAUUUGAAAAUCGAAAAAGUCCUUCAAAACAAUCCACUUGGCAAUCACACAAUACGAAGAACUUUUCGUACCAAACGGAAUUAUGUUUUUGUUAAUGAUAUUAAAGUUCCAAAUAAGUAUCAAUUAUGUCGACAAAAGGACUUGGACAAAGUGGAAGAGAUUCCACAUGCACUGCAAGGGGAAAUUGCUGGAUUGAAUGGGAAAUUUAAACUUACUUUAGAUCCGACGAGAAUUAAUAAGUCAAUAAUUCGACUAAUGUGUGUUUUGGAAGAUGAUCUAUUACCCUGUGUUCCUCCAAUUUACAUUGAUGUGUCAGAUAAAUAUCCGUACUGUUCGCCAACGUGUAUAGUUAUGCAACACGAUUAUUCAAUUACAUCAUUUCUGACAUCUGUAAAAAAUUAUUUAUCUGAUUAUAUUUUAAAAUUACCAAAAUUGUAUUCUGUUACGCAUAUUCUAAACUCUUGGGAGAUGUCAGUACGAAUGGCUUGUCGUCCUAAACAAAAUGUGAAAGUUAAUAUUGAUAGUUUUAGUAUGCUUUAUGAAAUGUUGACUCAAUAAAGGUUUAAUUUAUUAUUCAAAUUGUUAUGUUUAGAAAGUUUUCCAUUGGAAAUUUAGAUGUCAAAAAAAGUAAGGGAAUUAGCUGUCAAAUUUCUAUAUUUUCAAAACAGACCAUACACUCAUUAAAAUGAUUGGAAAU